AUGAAGGUCCCUUACGUCGUGCUCCUGCCCGGUGUAGCCGCCGCGACGGCAGUCAUCGAUAGUUUAUACCAAGCUCCGACUCUACAUACCAUCGAUACUCUUCUCCCUGUUCCCACCAAGGAGUAUACCAUUGAUACCCUGCUGCCCGUUCCCACUAAGGAGCACACUAUCGAUACCCUGCUUCCUACUCCCACUAAAGAGUAUACUAUCGAUACCCUGCUUCCUAUUCCCACCAAGCAGUAUACUAUCGAUACCCUGCUUCCCGUUCCCACUGAGGAGCAUACUAUCGAUACUCUUCUCCAUGUUCCCACUAAGGAGCAUACUAUCGAUACCCUGCUGCCCGUUCCCACUAAGGAGCAUACUAUCGAUACCCUGCUGCCCGUUCCCACCAAGGAGCAUACUAUCGAUACCCUGCUUCCUGUUCCUACCAAGCAGCAUACAAUCGACACUCUUCUUACGGUUCCAACCCCUGAACCUACCAGUCCCCCAACGGUUCCAACUGCCGGCGCCCCUCGCAACCUUGUCAAUCUAGCAGCUGGUGUCGGCCUGAUUGGUGCUUUUUUGAUGUAG